UCUUCCUUCGAUCAUGGGCACGGCAGCAGCGGCUGAGCCGACGCGCCGCCUUCUCCUGAUCCUCCCGGUAUUCCUAUUCCUCUGCUCGCCGCCGCACGCCGCCUCCGUGAUGCCGUCCUACAUCGUGUACCUGGGCGGCCACUCCGGCCAUGCACGCGGCGUCUCGACGGAGGAGGCGUCCAUGAUGGCCACGGAGUCGCACUACGACCUCCUCGGCUCCGUCCUAGGAGACAGGGAGAAGGCGCGCGACGCCAUCUUCUACUCCUACACCAAGAACAUCAACGGCUUCGCCGCCACCCUCGAGCCCCACGUUGCCGCAGCCAUCGCCAAGCAACCUGGCGUGGUGUCGGUGUUCCCCAACGGCGGGCGCAGGAUGCACACGACGAGGUCGUGGGAGUUCAUGGGGAUCGAGAUGGGCGGCCAGAUCCCGCCGUGGUCGGCAUGGGAGACGGCCAGGUACGGCGAGGACACCAUCAUCGCCAACCUCGACUCAGGUGUGUGGCCGGAGUCGCUGAGCUUCAACGACGGCGAGAUGGGCCCGAUCCCGGACGACUGGAAGGGGAUCUGCCAGAACGAGCACGACCCAAAGUUCAAAUGCAACAGCAAGCUCAUCGGCGCGCGCUACUUCAACAAGGGCUACGCCGCGGCGGCCGGGGUCCCUCCGGUCGCCCCGAGCCUCAACACGCCGCGGGACGACGUGGGCCACGGGUCCCACACGCUGUCGACCGCCGGCGGGUCCGCCGUGAACGGCGCCAACGCCUUCGGCUACGGCAACGGCACGGCCAGGGGCGGCUCCCCCCGGGCCCGCGUGGCGGCGUACCGCGUGUGCUUCGAGCCGGCCGUGGACGACACGGAGUGCUUCGACGCCGACAUCCUGGCGGCGUUCGAGGCCGCCAUCGCCGACGGGGUCCACGUCAUCACGGCGUCCGUGGGCGGUGACCCGCAGGACUUCCGUGACGACGCCGUCGCCCUGGGGUCCUUGCACGCCGUCAAGGCCGGGAUCACCGUGGCUUGCUCGGCGAGCAACUCGGGACCUGACCCGGGGACUGUCACGAACCUGGCACCCUGGGUGAUCACCGUGGCCGCGAGCACUACGGACAGGGAUUUCCCGGCUUACGUCGUGUUUAACCGUACCAGGGUGCCCGGGCAGAGCUUGUCGCAGGCGUGGCUCCGCGGGAAGGCGUUUUACCCCUUGGUCGCCAGCACCGACGUCGUCGCCAACGGCAGCACCGCCGACGACGCUCAGGUGUGCGCGCUGGGGUCGCUGGACGCGGCGAAAGUGAAGGGGAAGAUCGUGGUGUGCAUUAGAGGAGCCAACCGGAGGGUGGAGAAGGGCGAGACGGUGCGGCGGGCGGGGGGCGCCGGGAUGGUGCUCGUCAACGACGAGGUCGGCGGGACCACCGUCAUCGCCGACCCGCACGUGCUCCCGGCACUGCACAUCACCUACGCCGACGGGCUCCAGCUCUUGGCCUACAUCAAAUCCACCUCGGCUCCGUCGGGUUUCAUCUCGAAGGCGAGGACGAAGACGGGCACGAAGCCGGCGCCGGUCAUGGCCGCUUUCUCUUCUCAGGGGCCCAACGUCCUCCAACCGGAGAUCCUAAAGCCGGACGUGACGGCGCCGGGGGUGGACAUCAUCGCGGCGUGGAGCGGCAUGGCGGCGCCGUCGGACCGGCCCUGGGACCAGCGGCGCGUGGCAUUCAGCAUCCAAUCCGGCACGUCCAUGUCGUGCCCGCACAUCGCGGGCAUCGCGGGGCUGGUGAAGACGCUCCACCCGGACUGGAGCCCGAGCGCGAUCAAGUCGGCCAUCAUGACCACGGCCACGGCCACGGACAUGGACCGGCGGCCGAUCCUGAACCCGUUCAGGGCGCCCUCCACGCCCUUCGGCUACGGCGCCGGCCACGUGUUCCCGCAGCGGGCGCUGGACCCGGGCCUCGUCUACGACGCCUCCACGGAGGACUACCUCGACUUCCUCUGCGCGCUGGGGUUCAACGCCACGUCCGUCGCAACGUUCAACCACGAGAAGCCGUACCAGUGCCCGGCCGUGGCCGUGAGCUUGCAGGAUCUGAAUUACCCGUCCAUUGCCGUGCCCGAUCUCGCCGCGCCCACGACGGUCCGGCGCAGGGUCAAGAACGUCGGCCCGGCGCAGCGGGGAGUUUAUACGGCGGCCGUCGUCAGGGAGCCCGAGGGGGUGCGGGUGACCGUGGACCCGCCGACGCUGGAGUUCGUGGCCGUGGGCGAGGAGAAGGAGUUCCGGGUGAGCUUCGCGGUGAAAGUCCCCGCCGUGCCCGUGCCAGAGGGAGCUGGGGGUUAUGCGUUCGGGGCCGUUGUUUGGUCUGAUGGGGCAGGGAAUCACCUGGUGCGGAGCCCGCUGGUCGUCAAGAGGCACGUGUGAAGGAUGUCGUCCGGGUUUAUGAGACAAGUUUGGGACGAGUUUUUGGCUUCAGAAGAUGUUAGGUUUAAAUUAGGGAGUGGUCAGGUAGUUUUCGGCUUAGAUUAAGGGAAUUAGAGGUGUUGGUGGGUUUGGUCCUUAGGACAUAGUGUGUGUGACACUUGGGUAACCAUGGUUUCGAUUGAAUAAUGAGGAGCUUGGCAGGGGAUUGCGUCGGUGGUUCGAGCAGCAGAUUAGAUUGCAUUGUGUGUUCUGUCACAUGUGGACGAAAUGAACCCAACCGGAUGGAUAAUCGAGAUGGAACUGAGGUUUUGCUAAA